UUUUUGUUCCCUUACCCUUGUCGUUGUGUUGGUCAGUCACCGUUUUCUUUAUUUUAUCACUAAAUUACUGUAUCAUUCAGGUCCAUUUAAUCAUAGGGAAUGUUAACCAUCAGUAUUACGUAAUAUCUAUAAAUAGUACCAGUAGUUAGAUUUACUGUACAUGUAUCGUGCACAUUUAAUCUGUUUUAUGUUUGAAAUACGCUGCAGCUCCGUUUUCUUUCUUUUGUUAUGCUUAACUUACAUUUUUUUUUAUCGACAGUAUAUCUAUAAACAUAAAUAAUCAAAUUAUCAUGUAUCAUAUAGGUAAGUUACUGUUUGCAAUGACGCUGCAACCCCGUUUUUUUUUUUUUUUUUUUAAGCUUUAAAACAUAUCUACAAUAUAUCUAAAUUUCAUUAACAUAAAUACUCUGUUUGUUGUGUAUUACAUGUUACAAUGAUAAAAAUGACAACUCGGUCAUGUUUUUGGUCGGUUUUUUUUUUUUUUAGCUUAAUUUAUCUACAUUAUAUUUUAAUUUCAUAAACAUGGAUAAUCUAUUUCAGUCAAUAUAUUUAUUAUAUGCAUGCCGUACUUUCAUAACAUUAAUCAUCUGAAGUAAACAACGAGUUCACGAGAAUUCUCACACAGCUUGUGCUUUAUUGGCUUUCGAUAUCCCUGUGUUGAUCCCCUGUUCAGCGCUGCAUCGAUCGCUGGCGAUAUAUUUAGUAUAAUUUAUCCACCUCGUUCUAAUACGUCGCACUCAAUCCAGACGUAAAGAUGCACGAUAUUUUUAGAAAGGCGCCAUGUUGAAUUAGGAACACAAAAUGUCAUCCAGUGAGUCCUCAACCAUUAACGUCUAGAAAUAUGACUGGUAAACAUCGAAAUUAUUGAUCUGCGUGCUGUGUUAGACAGAUCUAUAACAGUAAAAGUGAUCCUUGAAGAUUAUUUCGAUUGCCAAUGAGAUGAUACUGUGAGGAUAUUCAUUAACAGGUGCUCUCUCCCUCUCUUUCUCUCUCUACGUGACUACAUCAUGUUACUCAGAACACAAAUGGUGGGUAUCGAAUUCUAUGACGCCGUUCUCAACAAUGAAUUGCAGUUACUGAAGCGAAUUGUGACGCAACAUAAAAUAGACCUAAAUGCCAAAUUUGUGGAGGUUCGAAAGAAAAACCACGCCGAUCUAUGUCCCAUUCAUUUGGCCGCGUAUCGGGGGUACACGUAUAUGUUACAAUACUUAAUCGAGUCCAAAUGUGACGUCAACAAAACAACGGCAACAUUACGUCGAACAGCCCUGCAUUUUGCUGUCUUGCGCCACAAAUUGGCCUGUAUGCUGUUGCUCAUCCGAGCAGGUGCUAAAAUUGACGCUAAAGACACGUUCAGCAAUUCUCCCUGUCAUUACGCAGCGGAUGACGGGUAUUGUCAAAUUUUAGACCGUCUGAUCCGACGUGGAGUCAACGUUAAUACUCAGGACAUAACGUCAAAGACGCCCUUAAUGAAAGCUGUCAGAAACAACAAAACUGAUGCCGUGAUCAGGCUAAUCAGAGCUAACUGUAACAUGAACAUAACCGACAGGAACUACGACAUGGCUCUACACUAUGCCUCCAGGAAUGGGUGCGCUGACGUCAUCGAUAUAUUGUUAUCGGCGGGAAGUUUGAUUGACGUUCAGAAUUACUGGGGACGGACGCCCUUGAUGGAGGCGGUAUGUUACAACCACAAAGAAGCAGUGGCUAGGCUUCUAAAAGCUAACUGUGAUUUAAAUCGACGAGAAUUCAAAACUGGGGACACCGCUUUGCACAUUGCAAUAAAACGGAACUACACAGAAGUGGUGGGACUACUGUUGAAGGCUGGAAGUCAACAUGAUAUUUAUAACCACCAAAGUGAAACAGCUGCUUAUGAUGCAGUUGUAAGCAACAAAAUCGAAAUUAUCAGAUUGAUGGUUGUUCAUAACUGUGACCUAGAGCAACCUGGAAAAUAUUUCACAAACGGUGUUUACAAAUCUCUCUUCCAAAUAGCAUCAGAGAGAGGUCAUUUCACAAUCUGCAGACUCUUAGCUGUGCAUGGUUAUGUUGAUUACAGAGCCCGGAUGUACUUUCACCCAAGCUAUAUCCCCCCGCGUUUAGUGCCAGAAGCAGAGUAUGUUGUGAACUGGUUAAGAAAGAAGAUGCAAACUACUACCUCUCUCCAACAACUUUGCCGGAAGUGCAUACGCAAAAGAAUUGGCUACAAGAUUGUAGAGAGCGUGGAGAUGCUGCCCAUGCCUCGUGCGUUGAAGGAUUACGUUUUGAUAAAAGAUUUUAACGAAAGUGACUUUAAAUAAUCAGAUUCAAGUAAAGCCUCUUUGUUAUAUUGUAUCUUUAUCAUAUUUCAGAUAUCAAUGCAAAACUUCAUUGUUCAAGGUUUUUAAAUCACAUCUUAAUUGAUGCUAACAGUAUUGUGUGUAUACAUGUAUUAUUAGGAAUAAACCAAAACGAAUAUGCUUUA